UUCUUAUCAAUCGACAUGAAGAAUGUCCUGCACUGGAAUCCACCCGAGGGUCUACACAGAGUUGAAGUCACAUACACUGUGCAGUAUUUCAUAUAUGGGCAGAAGAAAUGGCUGAGUACCUCUAAAUGCAGCAGUAUCAGCAGGACCUACUGUGAUCUUUCUGUUGAGACCUCAGACUAUAAACACCAGUUCUAUGCCAAAGUGAAGGCCAUUUGGGAAACCAGGUGCUCUGAAUGGGUGGAGACGGAACGCUUCUAUCCUUUCUUGGAAACUCAAGUCAGCCCACCAGAGGUUGCCCUGACAACUGGUGAGAAGUCCAUCUCUAUUGCCCUGACAGCACCAGAGAAGUGGAAAAGAAAUCCAGAAGACCACACUGUUUCUAUGCAACAAAUAUACCCCAAUCUGAAGUACAACGUGUCUGUGUAUAACACUAAGUCAAAAAGAAUGUGGUCCCAGUGUAUCACCAACAGCUCUCUGAUGCUCAGCUGGCUGGAGCCCAACACUGUGUAUUGUGUCCACGUGGAGUCCCUUGUCCCAGGGUCUCCUCGCCUCCCUCUGCCUUCUCAGAAGCAAUGCAUCAGUACUUUGGAAGUUCAAACAUCAACAUGGAAGGAUAAAGUCAUCUUCUGGUAUGUCUUGCCUACAUCUGUUAUUAUGUUCCUUUUCUCUGUGAUUGGCUACUCGGUUUACCGUUACAUCCAUGUUGGCAAAGAAAAACACCCAGCAAAUUUGGUACUGAUUUACAGAAAUGGAAUUGGCAAAAGAGUAUUUGAGCCUUCUGAAACAGUCACACUUAACUUUAUCACCCUCAGUAUGUUGGAUGAUUCUAAAAUUUCUCAAAAGGAUAUGAAUUUACCAGACAAGAGCAGUGAUGACAUCACCAUUAAUGGCCCUGAGCUCAGCGGGAACUGGGAGCCACACUGGGAGGAGGGGGAGGGGCAACGCUUAGGAUUCCCUUCGCAUUCAAUGGACAUUGUCUAUGGUGCUGAGCAAAGCGACAGAGUCACUUUCCUAACCCAGCACGCAUGGCUCAACAGCACCAUGCCCACAGGAGAGGCAGACACUGAACCUCAGUACAAAGUCCUAACUGUCUUCUACAGGGAGAGUGAAGACCAGCAGUUCUGUGGGCUGGAAGAGGCAGUCAGAACAGAGAAAUUGUCUGAGCCACGGGCAACUUCAGCAAAUUUGGACCUUAAGCUUGAAGACCUACAUCACCUGGGGCAGGAGCAUCCUGGCUCAGAAGAUGAGCCAGAGGAAGAGCUGUCUGCAACACUAGUGGAUUGGGACCCUCAGACUGGCAGGCUGUGUAUCCCUUCUUUACCUAUCUUUGGUCAUGAUCCUGAGAACUAUGGGCAUUAUGAGAAAGACCAGCUCUUAGAGGAUGGCCUUUUGUCUAGACUCUAUGAGAACCAGACACCUGAAAAGUCAGAGGAAGAAGAUGAAAACUAUCUCAUUCGAUUUAUGAAAGAAUGGGGGUUACAUGUACAAAUGGAAAGCUAACCCCAGACUGGCUGUUGACUGUCAGCAAAUGAAGGAACCAUUUCAGGGAGUGAACAAUGUUCAGAUUUUCAAGUGUCAGUGAUGACACUAUUCUCUGUUCAGGCACUCGGUCGGCCCUGCCUCCUUCAGGUGGUUGGCUUCCACUCAACCUUCUUCUCGCUCCACAGAGAGUCCUGGAGGAACUUUCUGAAAUACAGAGCCCUGAGCUUUGUUGUGGACAGAGUAAGCAUUUGCUGGUUAGGCGGGGCCUUUAUAAAGAAGAGCUCACCAUGGUCCCAGUUUAUUAUUUUCUAACAGUUAUUUCUGGGUUUUUAACUGUAUGUAUGUAACACUAUCAAAAUAUUUUAUAAAGUCCAUUCAUUUUAUAAA